CAAGAAAUUGUACAGUUCAAGUGGUCUGAGUUGGUGUCUCACAGUGCCUUGAACACACUGAGCGAUGCAAAGUACAACAAGCCAUCAACAUUACCCUUCACUGAAGAUGUUCAGAUUCUUCACCGGUACCUUAAGGAAGCUGCAGAAAGUGCCUUUUGCAACUUGAAGGAGGAAGCCACCGCUCAGAACUACGCUCAACUUGCAAAAGUUACACUUGCUCAAAUCAUUGUGUUCAAUCGGAGACGUCCUGGGGAAGUUUCAAAAAUGCGCCUCAGAAGUUUUUAUGAAAGAGACAACACAAAGCUCCAUGAAGAUGUUGCCAUGGGGUUGUCAAAGACUGAACAAAGACUCUGCAACUAUUUCAGCCGUGUCGAAAUCAUGGGAAAAAGGGGAAGAAAGGUUGCAGUUCUGCUCACCCCAAGCAUGGUGGAUGCUCUCUCACUACUGACCAGUGAAAGGACUGAGUGUGGUGUUUGUGAGACAAAUGUCUUCCUGUUUGCAAGACUCAAAUCAGUGACCAAUUACAGAGGACAAGAUUGUUUGCAUGUUCAUGCAAACCAGUGUGGGGCAAAGCACCCUGAGCACCUGAGGUCGACACAACUUCGGAAACAUGUGGCCACACUCUCACAAGUCCUUAAUUUAAAAAAUAACGAACUUGACCAGGUUGCAGAUUUCCUGGGUCACGACAUCCGUGUUCACCGCGAUUUCUACAGAUUACCAGUUCCCACAACACAGCUGGCCAAGAUUUCCAAGCUGCUUUUGUCAGUGGAGAAAGGACAUCUUUCCAGCCUGCAGGGGAAAUCACUGGAUGAGACUGAAAUUGAAGACGAAAUUCCAUUCAGUGACACUGACGCCAAGGAAGUGAGAGCGAAUCCGAUGACAGUGGCACAGCAUUCACGGCAUCAGAGUGUGGGACUAGUGAACCUGUGGAUGCUCCCUCAGACUCUAUCACAGAGCAAGUCCAUGACAUUAGUGAUUUUGGAACAGUGUCAUCUGUUACAUCGACAGUAACUGAGACUGUCCCUCUGUCUGAAGGACAAGACACUGGUCAAGAACAUGAGUCCAGAAGAUUGCUGAAGAAACCGUGGUCUAAGGCUGAGGUUGCUGCAGUCAUGCGAUAUUUCAGGGAUCACAUAAGUAAAGGAAAACUGGCCACAAAAAACGAAUGUAGUCAUUGUAAGCUGGCAGAAGACCCUGUUUUAGAACAACGAACAGUGCAAAAUAUAAGGGACUUUGUCAGAAACCGAGGAAUAGCUGCAAAGAGGCAGUCACAGAAACAAAAGCUGUAACUCCACUGGGAAUCCACUCUGGGUUUUUUGUAUACAUGUUGUGAUUAUGUUGAUGGAAUCACUCGUUUCAUAAAUCCAUCUGUUUCCAACGUGGGUUUUCUAAAUUAGUUAAGGAUCUGAUUUUCACUGGAAAGCUUGUGGGUUUUAAAAGGUUUUGUUGUGUAGCUGUUAGUCACUGUCACUCCCUAACAAAAUGAUGUUUCUGCAUCAAACAAAUACACCUUUAAAAUGAAACUGCUUGACUUUGGCAAUUGGCUGUAUGAAAAAUUUCCAUAUGUAGCCAGAUAACUUUUAAAUAUUCAUGCAAAAGGGCAGUCAAAAACUACUGCUGUAAACAUAUAGUUUGUUCUUUUUGUUGGGGUUGUGCUGAUGCCUUAAGGUUUUAUCAACCUUUGCAUCCAUUGUUCUAAAAUGGGUCUUUGCAAGUUCGAUAAUAAUGGGGUAUUGGCAGGAAAGUUAAUGUGAGCGUUCAAAGUUGUGACUGUGGUUGACUGUCUGUGUAACUACAGUUCAGUUUAACGUUCAUUUUAACAUAAUUCAAUUGGCAUUGCAAAAACAAAUCAUAUAUGCAGCCAGAUAAUUAAUAGAAUUACGAAGUGCAGUUAUUUUUAUACAUAUUUUUGUUUAUAUGCUGAUACAUUUUAGUAUUGUGUAUACGUGCUGAAUAUUUCAAGUUUAAGAGCACUUUAUAGUUAAUAAAAUAACUGUUCCAGUAAUGCUUUGUGCUGUCAGGUGUGUGUAUUUAUGUUAAUGAUCAGCUAUUUAAAAGUGAUGUCACUGUCCCUUUAAAGACCCAAAAAUGUUUUGUUUUGUCCUCGUAAGUCACACAUUUGUCAAAAAGAGAACUGUCCAUGUAAACCACAAUAUGAUUGGGGUGCUGUGUAUGAAGUUGUGUAGCCCGUACGUGAAUGCUGAAGUGACCUAAUUUUUUUUUUUCAGAUUUUUUGCAGUGUUUUAAUCCAACUCCCAUUGCUCUAGGACCUCAGGAAAGGGUA